CAGCCAGAGCCGGAGCCGGAGCCGAGCAGAGCAGAGCACGCGGCCACCAGUAUAAAGCCGCGCCACCUCCGGUGCUUUCGCCGCACAACAACCCACCAACCGCGCUCCACUGAUUUCCGAGGAGCAGAGCAGCAACCACCAUGGCGCGGCGGUCUCUGCCUCUGCUCGCGUCCCUCGCCCUCGUGGUGGCCGUCGCGUCGGCGGAAUCCUGGCUCUACGAGAAGUUCACCACGGACGGCACCGUCCGCGCGGACCACGACGCUUCGGGCCAGCAGGUGGUGACGUUCAACCUCGACCAGGUCUCCGGCGCCGGCUUCAACUCCAAGGAGCAGUACCUCUACGGCGAGUUCAGCAUCCAGAUGAAGCUCAUCCCCGGCAACUCCGCCGGCACCGUCUCCUGCUUCUACCUCUCUUCCGGCGACGGCGACGGGCACGACGAGAUCGACAUGGAGUUCAUGGGCAACUCCAGCGGCCAGCCGGUGGUGCUCAACACCAACGUGUGGGCCAACGGCGACGGCAAGAAGGAGCACCAGUUCUACCUCUGGUUCGACCCGGCCGCCGACUACCACACCUACACCAUCAUCUGGAACGACAAGAACAUCCUCUUCAAGGUCGACGACAAGUUCAUCCGGUCCUUCAAGCGCUACGCCGACCUGCCAUACCCUAGCGCCAAGCCCAUGACGCUGCACGCCACGCUGUGGGACGGCAGCUACUGGGCGACGGAGAAAGGCGCGGUCAAGAUCGACUGGUCCAACGCGCCCUUCGUCGUCUCCUACCGCGACUACUCCGCCGACGCCUGCGUCAGCGGUGGCUCGUGCCCCGCCGGCAGCGACAGGUGGAUGAACCGGCAGCUCAGCGACGCCGAGUUGGGAACCGUGGCGUCGGCGGAGAGCACCUACAUGCAAUACAACUACUGCGAGGACGGCUGGCGCUUCCCGCAGGGGCUCCCCGCCGAGUGCAGCCGCAAGUGAUAUGUUCGUCUCAUCCGUCUAUCCAUCCAUUGUUCUUGAUAUCUUCAUUUUCUUUUUCUCGGACGAUGAUUCUUGUUCUUCUUGUUAUUGUCAUCCUAUACAUAAGAGAAUCUUCCUAAGAUGUAUUGGCUAAUGGGGUGGUUGUCACCGGGCCAUCCAAGAUAUGAUUCUCACCUCUUGUAUAUUAACGAUAGGAUGGACAUCUCUCCUCCUAAUCGAAUUUAUUUUAUUGUGAAACACAAA